AUGAAACAUAAUAACUCAUUAAAUCACUCAGUUAAUUUAGUUAACUCAUUAAAAUGAAUUCAUGUCCCUAUUUUUAUGGACGUAGACUUCAUUUCCUCGGACUCUUUUCCAAUGAAUACGUAAUAAUAGAUCAUCUAUGUAGCCUCAACAAUAGAUGUGCUCUCAGCGAAUAUCUCUAUGAGUGGCAGAGAACAUUGGGUAGUGGGUAUUAUAUCGUAGCGGGAGUGGACAGACAGAUAGUCCUGCACUGCAUACUGAUCAGUAAUCAGAUACUAACAGUGAGACGUCUGCUAAAUACGUCACUAUUAAGUGGACAUAUCAAUGCUAAAAGUAUCUCAUAUUAUAUCAUGCUCCUGAUUAAAUUCGUGAGGAAAAUAUUGAGAUAUACUCGAGUAUAUAAACGCUAUGAAGAGCGUAGUGUUGAUACUAUUAAUGUAUCUGCCACAAAUUAUGUUAUAAUGGAUCACUUAGCGAGUAUAUAG